CGCGGUCGAAAGUGGGGGCAAGUGAUUCUUCUUUUAUAUUUUUCUAUUUUCUGGGGUGGUUUCACAGAAACCUCCGUCGUUGGGAGGCGACGGAUUGCGGGGGGUGGAUUUCCCCAGCUGCGCACUUUUCAGAGUGGAUUUGGGGAGGCUGCUGGUUGUUUCCAAUGUUCCCCUGCUGAAAUCGAAACAAAACCUGGCUAUAUUGCAUGUAAGUUGAAAGGAUUUGCUAAUUAACUAAAAGACUGGCGGUAAAAGAAGCUUGACUGCUCUUUUGGAAUCAUACGAAUACGCUGUAGGCGUCUUCAGAAAUUUCUCCGAACAACAGAAAUUUGAAAGCAGAAUGUCAUGCUAUCUUGGUGCCGAAAAUGUUCCAGAAGGAGAACCUGUAUAUGUUCUAGAGAAUGGUCAGCUCUUUAUGAUAAAUCAAGCUUCAGGAGGAAGAACCAAUUAUACUCCAAAUUCAAGGCCUUCAAGAUUGUUCUCCAAAGAAUUCUCUGUUGAGCUUUGUGUCAACAAGGAAAAUGACAAUGGAAGGACGGAUCAUUUUAUCUUUACUUACACAAAGGAGGGAAGUCUUCGUUAUUCUUCCAAGUCUCUUUUCAGCCUAGUCCUGAGCUAUAUUGCUGACAAUAUUAAUUAUGUUGAUUCAUUGAAUGAUUUUCCAGAACAGAUAGCAGAAAAGCUUUUCUAUGCUGCAGAUGCUAGGCAGAAAUUCAUGGAAUCAAAAACAGGGCUUUGUGCUUUGCAGACGUUCACUAAUGCUUAUGGAUGCUUAGUGCUUCAGAAACUAUGUUUGAGAAAUGGUUCUCUAAUUAUCUCUGAAAAACUUGAAGAAAUUAAAUCUUUCCAAGGUCUGACAUACUUGGAUUUGUCCUGUUGUAAACUUGGAGAUGACCAUGAGCUGCUAGAGCAUGUCACCAAUGAAAGUCUGUCCAGUCUAACUCACCUUCUCCUGAAAGAUAACUGCUUAUCAGAUAUUGGGCUUCGCAAAAUGACAGCACGAGUUCGAGUGAUGAAAAGAGGCCUUGAAAAUCUCUCAGUAUUGGAUUUGUCUUAUAAUCCGGGAAUCACAAAUAAAGGAGUUAGGUAUCUGUGUCCUUUCAAGAAGAUGAACUAUUUGGAUCUCUCUGGAACUGGCCUCAAGGGCACAAAACAAGUCAUUGACCAAAUCCAGACGCUCAUAGACCUAGUCCAUUCAAAGAUCCCUUUGAAAGAAUUUGAUCAUAGCAGCUGCAAAACAGAAGGAUGGGCAGAACAGGUUAUCUUGCAGUGGAAACAUGCAGUCCUAGAAGUAGUUAACUCCAAAGAAAGUAUAAAAUCUAGACUAGCAGCACAACAUUUCUAUGGAAAAAGACCCAAAGCAGAAGGAUCUCCAGAAUCACUGUUAGGGGAAAAGCAAAGAGAAAAUUAUGAGAACUUGCAGUUCUACAAAGAAAGAACAGAGACAUCAGAUAAUCCUUUACCACAAAGAGACAUGGAAAUGAUUGAAGAAUUCCCAAAGAGAAGGAGAACUGCAGGGGAGCAGAAAAAACAUCACCUUCAAUCAGAACUCUUUAGUUUUUCACAGACAGAAUGGGACCUACUAAACUCUUAUUGAAUAAAGUGAACAUUUUAAAUUAAUUGGCUGAUGUUCAGCUUUGUCUCUCUUGGAAAAUAAAUGGUGCAUUUUAUAUUUGCAGUUGAUGGACUGGAAAGAAAUCAACUUGAAACCACUGUAAAGAAAAUGAAACACUUGCUAUACUUCUGUACAUACAAUACAUGAGCAUUUUACCAUGUUUGGGUGAACAUAAGGUGGAUUCACUGAGAAACUGCUGGAAAUGAUACUAGCUAUGAUUCAUUUUUGUCCCUGGUGUUGAUUUUUGUUGGGAGUCUUAAUUCAUGCAAGUCAUUCUUGGGUGAUGUAACCUCUUUGUAGGUUGUAUCUGAAGAAACAGGGCAAG